UCAAGCGUGAGAAACAUGGGUCAUCGAUAGCCUCGUGUCAGUGAACGCGGCCAAACAUGUUGCGACUCUCGUAGUCCGCUGCUACCAUCUCCAUCUACAAAUCUAUCAACCAUGAGUGAAACACCUCCGAAACCAAAGCCAGGCUCACUGCGCGACAGGAUCGCCGCUUUCGAGAAUGCUAACAAGGGUGCAGCACCCACUCCUGGGCCUGCACCACGCCCGAAGCCCUCGACCCUUCAAUCAUGGAAACCCAAGGUACCCUCACCUCCUCAAUCGCCAGAACCAGAGCGUAAGACUGCUGGGAUGUCUGCAUCAGACGCGAUGGAGAGCAUCGGCAAGGGCGGGAGUCUCAAGGAGCGCAUGGCCGCUCUCCAAGGAAAGGGUGCGUUUGGCGGCGGCGCCCCGCCCCCGAUCCUCCCAAAGCCUACAGACAAACCAAAAUGGAAACCACCACGACCAGUAUCGCCUCCUGCGGAUGAUGUCGUUCCCCCAGGCGGGGUGAUUGAGGCCCCAGGUCCCCUCCUACAACCCAGCUCCCAGACGUCCCUGUACCUGCUGCAGCACCAGAAACUACUGAAGAGGCCCCAGAUGCUGAGUCUACGACUGAACCUGAACCUGAACCAGAGGCCAGACCAUCCGUUGUAACAGUGACGUCUCUAGAACAAGUCGAAAGUCCAGAACAAGUCCCGGUUCCGUCAUCAGAGCAGAUUCUUGUCAUCGGCGACGUACAGAAGGAGAUCGGCGACGUAGGUGUGAGUGUCGAACUUG